UCUCGCGUUUACCGACGGGCGCACUUUGGCUGCGCCAUUAAUCUGUUUACGUUCCGCGCGUUUUUCCCACCACGUGUGAGGCGAUCGGUGUGGCUUAGCUGGACGGUGUUACGCGAGUUUUGUGCCGUGCAGCAGGUGUCAUUAACGAUAAUCGCAGCGAAUCUUUGCGUUGCACAGGAUGCUGGAGUCGACGAUCCAAGCUCUGGCGAGUGGAAGGGUGAUCUUGGCCAGCGGUUCCCCGAGGCGACACGAUAUAAUAAAACAUUUGCGCAUAAACGCAGUAGUGGUGCCGUCUACCUACGACGAGAACCUCGACAGAGCCAAGUAUGAGGGACACGGGGAAUACGUUCAGGACAUAGCCAGGUACAAGGUGCUCGAGGUAUACGAGCGUUUAAAAGCGGACCCGAAGCCACCGACUCUGAUAAUAGGAGCGGACACCAUGGUGACCAUGGGUGACAUCAUCUAUGGGAAGCCUCAAAAUGAAAUGGAAGCUUUUCAGAUGUUGUCCAGCUUGGCGAAUAAGCAACACACUGUUUAUACUGGUGUGUGCCUAAAAACACCAAAGAGCGAGGUCCAAUUUUAUGAGUCUGCCAAAGUAAAGUUCGGAGACAUAUCGGAGAGACAAAUAAGAGAGUAUAUUAAAACUGGUGAUCCUAUGGAUAAGGCAGGAGGUUACGGUCUUCAGGGUAUAGGGGGUUGUCUGAUUGAAAGGAUAGAUGGUGAUUAUUAUACCAUAACGGGCCUACCGCUUUACUCGUUGGCCAAGCAACUGAACCGAAUGUUCUCCAACGUUUAGCGAAAUUAUCACGCUGCGCCUGUCAGUACCUGAACCGUUGUACCGUUGUUCCUAAACAUGAAUAAAUUUUAUCACCGCUAAAAG